GGGUCCGGGGGACAAGGACUUUGGAAAUGGACUUUGUGAAAGGAAGAGGACUUUUCUGGAGCCAUUCCAAGAGAUCAAAUUCAAGUACUCCUGGGAAGGAGGCCUCUGUGGGGAGAGAUGUCGCUAUUAUUCUUGGCCAAUGUGGGUCACGGCAAGGGGCCGAGGUGGCAGAAGCCCGCUCUGUCCCACCCCCACCCUAGACUCCUUUGGAUCUGUUCACUUGCCGGGCACCGUGCCAGCUGGGGAAGCUGGUGCAUCUUUAAUGAAGUCACCAGAUCCCUGGGACAGGCUCUCGGUCUCACCAAGUUCCUAAGCCAGACCCACUGGAUGCCCUCUGAGCCACUGCCUCCUGUACCUGGGCACCAGGCCCGUUUCCCCUGCAGCUAUGAGCCAGGCCUUCUGGAAAACCUACAAAUCCAAAGUGCUACAGACCCUGAGUGGGGAACCUGAGGAGGAUCUGGCAGAGGAGAGGGAGAACCCAGCUUUAGUGGAGUCUGAGACAGCAGAACCGACCUCAGAGGCCUUCAACCCCAUGUCACAGCUGGUCCGCCAGGUUCAGGGAGUCGGAGUGAAAGGUUGGCUGACAAUGUCAUCUCUGUUUAACAAAGAAGAUGAAGAUAAGCUGCUGCCACCAGAGUCCUGUGCUGACCACCCGCUGGCGGCGCAGGCCUCCGCGCGGGCGGCGGCGGCGGCGGCGGAGGCGGCGGCGGAGCCCCAGCCCCGGGGGCUCGGGUUCUGGGACGCGUUCGCCAGCAGGUGGCAGCAGCAGCAGGCGGCGGCGGCGUCCAUGCUGCGCGGCGCCGAGCCCGCCCCGGAGCGGGACCCCGAAGCCGGGGAGGAGGCCACGGAGGAGGCCGCGGAGCAACCCGAACCGCGGGGGACCGACGCGGCGGCCGACUUCAAGUGGGGCUUCCUGACCCACAAACUGGCCGAGAUGAGGGCGAAGGCUGCGCCCAAAGGUGACUAGCCGGACGGCCGAACUGGGCGCCCACGCCUCCUUUCCAACAUAAAAACC